AGAAAUACUUAAACUAAAAAAAAAUGUAGUUGUGAUUACAAGGGUAUUACACCAAUAACAGAAAUGUUACACGCACGCACACACGGCGACACACAGAUAAAUAGAUAGACAGACAGACGGAAAAGUGCCGAAGAAAAUGUAAACGCCGACACAGGCAUGUGUCUGUCAUUCAUCUAUCUAUCUAUCCAGCUAGGAGGAAAAGAAAAGGCAACUAUUCCAUCAUAAUACCUUAGUUUUUUUCGAAUAUCAAUCAGACGAUUGAAUACUCUACAAAAAAACAACAACAACAACAAAAAGAGGACGAUGAACAAUCGAAUUUCACAAGUGGAAUAUUUGCACUCCUUGGAUUAGUCGAUCUCAAGAGUAGAGAGUACGUACGUGGGCGUGUACGUGAGUGUGAGUGUGUCAGCCUAUGUGACUUCUCUUUUCACUGAUGGAUGCUCUAUAUCCGAAUUUUUAUUCACUAACUUCUGUAUCCACUGAACCAUUGGAUCCUCGUGUUCGUCGUCGUUCACUUGUCUGGGGAGUUAACUCUAGUCUACCAUCGGCAACCACUACUACUAAUACUCAAGCAUUAAAUACUACUACUAACAGUGAUAAUAUCAGUAGUAGGAGAAUGACUACUACAAAAUUAAAUGACAAUAUUGUCAUCCUACCGUCAUAUAUGUCUUCAAACUAUGCUCAAAUCACUGCAACAAAGACGGUGGGAGUAAUGCCACGUCGACGUAGUGCAAGUCAUAAUCCUUGCAGUCGGAAUCAACUGCUAUAUCCGAUUGACAACACUACUAUUACUAAUAACAAUAACAAUUCUCAGUGUUCUUCAAAAUCAAUAACCCCACCGCCAACAUUACCUCCACCUCCUCCUCAAUUCGCUGAUAAUUAUCAGCAGACAACAAAAGAAGACGAGGAGAGAGAGAAAGAGAAUAGAGAGGAAAUUCCUCUUCGUCUAACACCCUCAUCAGAAAUAUCUCCACCAUCACAAACACCGACAAGACAACCGAGUCAAUUUCAAUAUAUUUCUAAACGACGUUUUAAAGACGGUUGUAUACCUCUGUCUUCAGAAGUGUCAACACUGCCAGGGACUUACAAUACACUGUCACCACCAAGAUGUCGAAAACUACUGUUUCCUGCUUGUACACAAAGUAUGAAUCCACCUCAGUGUCCAUCAACUCCAAUGAUGGUGACAAGAAUGAAUCAUUCUACUGGAUGCAAUAGUAAAGGUGAUAUGAUCCCGAAUCAGGAGUGGCAUCAAUUUCAACGGUCAUCAUUGCCAGCUCCACAACGCCAACAGCACCACCAUCAACAACAACGCCAACAACAAAUGCAGAAUAGUUUUAAUCAUCUUUCAAAGUAUAGAAUAUCACCGUCUGAUCAACUCGUCAAUGGAACUUAUUCGAAUGUCUAUUCACCUCCAGUUUAUCCUAUGGCGGGUAAUUUACGUCUGCAGUCAGCUGUAAGUCUACAAUCUUUAGAUCAGCUGAAGUCCGUUGGGAUGUUGAAUCAACAAGGUAGUCAGAUGGAUGAGACAGUAAUGAAUAAUAGAGGUAAUUACUUCCUGCAGAAGUCCGCUUUACCUUCAUACUAUCAGUAUCAACAACCUCUGAUUCCUCGGAGGUCAGAUUCUCUAUCACGACAUCAAGUAAUGCCUAAUUUGGAAAACUCGAAUGUCAACAGAAGUGAAGUACGUCUAGGAACUAUGUCUCUGGAUAAAUCAACGACGGGACAUAUGUCAAGAAUUCGACCUAUGGAUAGAAGACGUUAUACCCAGUGCGGAAUUAAUUAUCCUCCAGAGUUUGAAAAUGAUUACAUCAGACAGAGACAGCAACAGUCUACAGGGGUGCCAAAUCAACCAUUUAUGGAUUAUUAUUAUAAUCAUCGUAUGCCGACAACGGAUUCUUUUAUGCAUAGUCUAGGUAAAACACUUCCAACCCAAUCUCCGUCAUUCUCUUCAGCUUUCCCGUCCACUACUACGACAAUUCAUAAUAAAGAAGGCGGAAUGAAUUGUGAAUCAACAUUUCCUGAUAUAUAUUCGGAGAGUAAUACUGAUGAAUUAGUUAUGCCAUUAAAUAUUAGACGUCGAAGACCAGUCAAUUCAAGAAGGGCUCAUGUUGUCUCAGCUUUUGAACAAAGUUUAAAUAAUAUGUCUCAACGUCUACAGAAUUUAACGAAUACAACAACAAAGAAAGAUUCAGAAUUGCAUGAAUUAAGAGCUACAAUCGAUGCACUGCGUAGUCAAACAGAAUUAGGACUUUUAAAAAAACCACCAAUUAAUCGACCUUGUGAGUUAAAUCGAUCAAGUACAAAAGAUACAUUAAAACAAGACAGCAGUGUCAGUGUUGGUGAGCAACAACACACGAUAAAUAGGACAAGUUUAACAAAUUCAAAUUUAAGUCUUACAGAUAUGGAGGGUAAUCAAUCACAGGCAGAAAAUUCAACUGAUAGAAGAAUAUCAACAUCUGGUACAAAAUCUUCUGGAAGUAAUUCAAAGAAGAAUGGAUGGCUCAGGAAUUCUCUUGGUAAAGCAUUUCGUAAAAAGAGUUCAUCGAUCCAUUCACAAAGUGAUCUUGACUGUCCUACAUCACCUCAGCACAGUCAUACAUAUCAUUUCCCAAGUGAUAAUAAUAAUACCUAUAACUCUGAUAGCCGAACUAUUCUUCCACCUGAUCACCCCUCAAAUUUACCACAAAGUCCAACUAUGGAUCAUAAAGGACUCCACAUCGCCGUGUGUCAUCAUUCACAGACAAAUUCCAUGACAACUGCACCAUCAUUAUUAACAUCAUCAUCGUCAACUGGUGGGAAUAAUGUCUUGUCUGUAUUACCAAAUAAUAAUCAGUUGAAUGGUCUGUCCCCGUCGAAUUCAUCCACGUCUUCUUCAUCAUGGAGUGCAUCUGGAACAAGUGCUGGAGGAGGACAGAGUAGUGCUGGUGAUAAAAAUG